AUGAAGAUCGCCGUAGUAGGAGGCGGCGUAUCCGGCCUCUCGUCCAUCUGGGCGCUGAACGAAUACUCUGCGCACGAAGUACAUCUCUUCGAACCCCUCCCUUGGAUCGGAGGACACGCUAACACGGUCACGUUCACUUCGCCAACAUCCGCCUCGCCUGCGUCAGCGGAAAGCACACCGGUGGAUACGGGGUUCAUCGUGUUCAACCGCGUAACUUAUCCAAACUUCCUGCGGUUCCUGCAGCACACAGGCGUCGAGAUCUUGAACAGCGACAUGUCGUUCAGCGUCACGCGUUUCGUUUCGGCACUGGGAGGGUAUGGUGGCUUCGAAUGGGCGGGUGGCUCGCCAGCGGCGCUGUUCUGCCAGCCUUCCAACUUGCUCAACCCAGGCCAUUGGAGGAUGGUGUGGGACAUCAUACGGUUCAACCAGCAAUCGGUCGACUAUCUGCGUCUGUCUAAGCAGAACCCAGUCGAGGGCGCAGAAAUCAGCAUCGGCGAAUGGCUCGACCAACGUGGAUACUCAAAGAGCUUCAGGAAGAAUUACCUCAUCCCCAUGACCGCCAGCAUCUGGUCCACUGCGCCCGAAACCGCGCUCUCGUCCUUCCCCGCUCUGACGCUGCUGCGCUUCAUGCACAACCACCACCUGCUACAGAUUCUCGACCGUCCACAGUGGUUGACGGUCAAAAAUGGCUCGCGGUCGUACGUCGAUCGCAUCGUCAGCCACUUGCCGCAGGAGCGCGUGCAUCAGGGGAACCAGAAGGGCGAGGUGGUCGCCGCAUGGAUCGAUGGCAGGAAUGCCAAAUGGACGCUCAAGACGGCGAACGGCGCCAAGCAUGCCGGGUGGGAUCGAGUGAUUUUUGCCUCACACGCGGAUGACACGCUCAAGAUGCUGCGGGCCGGCGAGGCGGAAGGGUUGAGUGUCGGGAGAGCUGUGUUGGAGACGCUAUCGAGGUUCCAGUUUAGCCAGAACGUCGCGGUGCUGCAUGCGGACACGCGACUGAUGCCGCUGCGAAGAGCAGCGUGGUCCGCGUGGAACUUCCUUGCCGAGACCGUACCGCUCGCAUCCUCGUCGGCGUCAAUCACUUCUUCGAACGCAACUCUCACCGCAGCAAACGCGGAAGACGAGAUCAACGGCAAGCAACUGCUCUCGACCUCCGAAGGCGACGUUGACCGCGUCUCGCUCACUUACUGGAUGAAUCUUCUCCAAUCUCUGCCCGAGUCCAAGUACGGGCCCGUCCUCGUUACGCUCAACCCGACCACGUCGCCCUCGUCCCCGUACACACCGCGCCCCGAACUGGUGCUCAAACGCCAGUCUUACUCCCACCCGCUCUACACCCCGGACACGGUGCUCGCGCAAACACAGCUCAAACCGCUCCAGGGCACACGCGGUGCCUUCUUCGCCGGUGCCUGGACCAACUACGGGUUCCACGAGGACGGCUUCAGCUCGGGACUGCGCGCGGCCGAGGCGAUCGGCGAGGUCUACUUGCCCUUUGACGUCAAAGAUGCAGAGCGGAGUGUGCCGCAGAGAAAAGAGUGGGGUUGUAAAGCGGUGGAGGCGGUGGAUGGAUAUGCGAAGAGCGCGGCUGUGCGGAGAGGCGUGGAGGCGGUGCUGGUGGUGUUGCUGCAUGUGUUGGCUGUGAUCGAGGUGGUUUUGGCGGUGCUCGGGGGGAGCAAGGCGUGGGUGGGGGAGGUGGCGAGGGUGAAGGGCCACGUCAAGGUGUCGGUAGAGGGCAGGGAGGGGAAGGUCAAGUCGAGUUGA